AUGGCGCGUCCUGCGGAGCCGCCGCGCAGCCCGCGCGCCGGGGAGCCGGAACCGGCCGUGGCGCAGUGCUACAACCGCGGCGCGGACGGGCGCCACGUGCAGUGGGAGUGCAAGGCCGAGUUGGAAAGCAGCUACCGCUUCGGAGACAUCGAGGUGAGCUGCGAGGGCUACGACUACCCCGACGACCCCUACAUCCUGGAGGGGUCCUGCGGGCUGCUCUUCAGCCUGGAGCUCACCGAGGAGGGCGAGAGGAGGGCCAGGGGCUCCGCAGGCUUCGGCUCCGGCCCCUAUCYGCCGAGGAAGGAUUCCCUGGAGUCGGUCCCCGGGGCGGUCGUGCUGCUGGUUCUCCUGGCUCUGGCGUACGGAGUUUACAGGCUCUUCCUGAGCGAGCAGCAGCCCCCACGGAGCUUCAGCGACGGCUUCUCCGGGCCUUCCUGGCAGGGCCGCCAGGCGCCCCCUCCGCCCGGCUUCAAAGCCACCUUCACAGAGCCUGACACCUUUGGGACUCACUUCAAUCAUGGAGCCAACUCCGGACCAGGAUUUUGGACUGGAUUAGGAGCAGGAGGUUUGCUAGGCUACUUGGCUGGCAGUCACAGGACGCAGCCGUCGGCGCCGCCGUUGGACGCGUGGGCGGCGCGCGGGCAGCCGAGCGGCACCGCGUGCGCCGGCGCCUCCGGGACCAGGACCGCCUCGGGCUUYGGCGGCACGAGGCGAAGAUGAAGCGCGCGGCGGAGCUGCUCCUCGGCGGCGAAGCUCGGCCCUCCCUGCGUGCACCGGCACCUCUGUGUCUGCAGCGAGCUCUGGGCGUGAAGGGGAGAUKAGCUGGGCGGGACUGAGCAAAUAAUUCCUUUUUCCCUGUGGAAAAGCGGGCUCUUGUUCUUCAGGGUGCUGCGGGUACUGGAACAUCCACUGUUUGGGAAAACAACUCGGUAUAAGGUACAAAAUGAGCACUUCCAAGCAAAGGAGGACGCGGUUGCCUGUUCUUGGCUGACGAUGUCACGUGGGACCUCAGCAGGUUUUCCAAGCCAGGUGCUCACUCGUAUACUCUGGGUUAAACACCAUUCAAGCUGGAAUUUGCCCGAAUUUGGGCUGUUUUCUGUUUUACUUUCCUCUGUGACCCAGCACCUGGGAGGACUCGCACAUGCUCCGCCCGAUAYCUGAGGGCUGCCGCCUCCUUGGGCUUGGCUGCUAAAACUAAGUGCGUGUGUGUGUGGCCUAGACCUUUCCCUAGCGGAGAGAGCACCUCACGGGCGCUUUAUCCCCCCGUGAAAGCCGUAGGUUUUGGGAAUGCUUUUGUUUUAACUGUGAACCUUAGCAGCGCUGUGAAGGCUUCAAUGUGAAAGGCUCGAGUCGUGUGUCCUGUUUUUUUGUUAUUUCCUGCCACUUGUGCAGGGCAGAGCUGAGCAGAGCGGCAGAUGGCGAGUGGAAAGGGAGAAUCCUCCCUUGGAAGCUGGUGGCUUCCCU